AUGAAUAUAACCGCACACAAUGCAUUCAAUGAGAUAAAACCAUUGUGUAUACAGCUGUCAAAAUUUGCUUUCUUACCAAAUGAAACCUUUGAUCCAAAUUCCAUCGAUUUAUUAAAUUCAUUAAAAUUGAUCAAUUCAAAAUUAGAAACCUUCUGUGACGACCUCCCAUUAGCAUUUGGAGAUUAUGUAUUCAUACCCAUUUCACAUCUCCUGAAACAUGAUUCAUUAGGAUCCUCACAAACUAAUUAUCUUCUUCUAAUCAUAUCUCAUCUUCUUAGAUUAUGUUGGUAUUCAGAUGGUUCAUUGAGCAUCAAUCUCUUAAACAAAUUAUAUCCUAUUAUAUUGUUUCUGAUCACAGAAAAUAACGUGGUUCAUAUUGACACCAACGUUACGAUAUUAAAUCAAUUGGUUUUAUCUCUGAAUAAUCAAAAUUAUAAGCAAAAUUAUUUCAAGAAUAAGACAUUACCUAAUCUUGCUAGAACAAUAAAGUUGUUACUAGACUCUUUAGAAGAUGAAAAGAACAACAACCAAAUAGAAUUACAAUUGAAAAUAAUACACACUCUACAUGUUCUGUAUGAUGAUAUAAUAACCACUGAGAAUGGUGAAACUUUAUCGUAUGUGUUGCCAGGAAAUAUAUCAUCUCUCACCAAAUUGCUAGCAAAACCUGGAUUAACAAUCAACAACAAAGUUAUUAUAGAGGCCUUAAAAUUGACGAGUCUACUUCUAUCUAUAGUUUACAACGAUGAAAAGUUAAAUACAAAACUGAAUAAGAAAUCUCUGUCAAAUAUUUUACAAAAUGAGACCAAAUCAUCCAUUCAAACUAACAACCCCCAUAGAAAUGAUAAAUGGUUGAAAGCAACAUCAAGCCAGGUCAAAUUAUCGCUUAGACACUUCAUACCAAGACUAAUGAAAAGAAAGAAUUUACACACUGCAUUAUGCGAGUUUAUAUCUACAUUGUUAAACAAUUGCUGCAGCUCAUUAUAUGAUUGUCUGGAUUUCCUUCUUGAAACAUCUAUGCAAUUACAUUAUGAUCCAUUGAAAACUAAUAACGAACUCGCCACUGUAUGGCAGAAAGUAAUAACUGAGGGUAUUUCUCAACUUCCUGAUAUGAUUAGAUUCGAUAGGCACGAAAAAGUAGAGUCAAUAACAUUUGCAAUUGACUCUCAUAAUAUCGAGUCAUCUCAUCUCUAUUUCCUAAUAAAAACGAUAACUGAAGAGUUAGAUCAUACCGACAAUACUUUCAGAAUAAGACAGGAUAGAAAAAUCAUUGAACAAUCCAGUACCAUAAUUGUUUCAGACCCUAUCUUGGAAGCAAUGGAGAGAAAUGCUGACCUGAGAUUACUCAGAAAUAAGCCAAGGGAGUUGGAAAAAUCUCUGAGAGAUUUGAUCUUUGCCGUUGGCAGAAGAUUUUACGAAGAUAAAACUAUAGUACCUCUAUUGAAUGACUUAUUAUCAGACCCAUCUAAUCAAACUUUAAUAGGCAAAUCUGUCUCACUGUGGGUUGCACUAAAUUUGCUAAAAAGUUUAAAUACCUCUGGUGACCAAUUUCUCGAUAUUUCUACCUUCUCCUCAGACAACGACGAAUUAGUUAGUGAAGCAUGUUAUACCGUAUUAGGAUUCUGCAGUGAAUUUGAACAGGAACUAUUAAUAUCAGUUGAAAGCCAAUCUGAUUCAAUGACGCAAGAGCAAGAGACUGCUGUCUGUACAAUACUUUCCACUAUUGAAACAGUCUCAACAGUGAUGAGACCUCAAGAUUUCCAAUUAGAAUUAAUUGAUUACAUAUACAUAGUCAUAGACAAUUUGGCAUCAAAUUCCCCAGCAAUUCGACAAUUUGCACAGUCUUGUUCCAUAACAAUCGCUUCGAGCUUGUAUAAUGGUGAUGUUAAAUUACUGAUUUCAGAAAAUGUUGAUUACUUGGUAGAUGCAAUCUCAACUAGGUUGAAUCUGGGCAUGACUAACAGAAUUGGUAUGGUUCUUUCCGUCAUUUGUAGGAUUGUGGGUGGACGGGUGAUUAGAGAAUUCGGAGAUAUUAUUGAAACUAUUUUUAAAUUAAUGGAUUACUAUCAUGGAUAUAACGAGUUAUGUCUUCAAUUUUUCCAGUUAUUUGAAACAAUUGUCCUGGAGUUUGAGAAGACGUACAUCAAUUCUGAUACUUUCAGGACACUGGAUAAUGACCAUCUUGUCCAAAGCAGUUUCAAGCCGUGGGAUAUCACAAAUGUGGAACAACUUUUGUCGUUACUAGACAACGAACCAAAACUGUCAGUGAAUAUAAACGAAGAGUUGCCAUUUGACAAGAAUGAACCAAAAAAUUUCCAGGAAUACUUUGAAUCAAAAAUGAGUGGCUUAGAAAAUGAUAGUGACGAUGAGGAUGAAACCACAGAGACUGACGAAAUCAAUAAUAGUAACGAAAAUGGAGCACAAGAGGGGGAAGAAAAAUGGCUGUCUCCCAUACCAAUGGAAUCAUAUAAGAUUCUCCUACAGAUUCUAGCAUAUGGUGACAGAUUACUGAGACAUCCUUUUAAACCUCUAAGAGUACAAAUCUUGAAAGUUAUAAAGUUUAUUAUUCCACUGCUAGCUACGCAAUACAGUUCAUUACUACCGCAGAUCGCUCAAAGUUGGGACUCUAUAGUAGAGUGCUCUGUGGAUAAGGAUUUUUCCAUCGUCAAACCUGCAUGUGAGUGUCUGAAGGAGAUGCUUCAUUUUUCCGGUAAUUUUCUAUCAAGAAGAUUUAUUGAUCUUUGGGAGAUCUUAUCUAAAAGAUCGUACAUCGUGCAGGCCGUAAACAUUAAAGAGGUCAGUUCUUUCAAAACUGGCCAACUCAUAUUACGUAAAAAAUUCUCCCCACUUACAAAAGAUACCUUGGUUGCUAUGUCCGAAAUGCUACUGGAAGGUAUUUCCCUGACAGAAAUGCUUUUACCAGAAUCCACCAUUGAAAAAAUUAUAUUAUGCUGUUUAAAUGUAAUUCCACAGGAGGAUAUUUCCUCCAAGUCAAUGUUGCUUGCUGACAUUGUAUGGAAGAUCAUAAAUAUCAGCCUUGACGAUACAUAG